UCCAUUACAGAACUGCUGCUGCUAUUGGGAAGGUUCCCGUACAGUUUGGUUAUGAAGGUGUCGACUUCUGAGCCACGUGAUGUCCUCCAGCUGGAAAGAACCACUCUUACUUUCAUCAGAUUCGCAACCUCUCUAUUCUUCACAGCAUUGGGGAUUAUUCUUAAUUUCAAGCUCAAUUCUUCAGGUGUAGAUUCAGAUGAUCCUGGUCUGGGGACUCCAGAACAUCGGCAUGGCCACUUCAACGUGUCCACGUAUUCAACAAUAGUGUCAUAUAUCUUGCUUAUACUUGCGUUAGCAACAUUGGUCAUAAGCGGAAUCAACUACUUUAUCACCAUCCAAAGAUACGCCAACCACAAGAUACAGGUAUACAGUUUCAAUAACAUCACCACUGUGAUAUGUGUCACCUGUAUAAUCAUCACCUUGAUGGUCAUUAGUAUAAGUUUGAUCGUACAGGGAUAUUUGGAAGAAUCAUGA